AUACCUCUUUACAUUAAUAUUCUGUACACUAUAUACGUCUUUUUAUACAUAUUUGGGUUUUUGUUUACACUGUAGCAUAGUAGUGUAGAUCUAUUUGAAGUUAUGUUUUCAUUAGAAAUUAUCGCAAAUUAGUGAUACUUCUACGUUCCUAACUAAACGGAUUUAAGAUUCUUAAGGCUAUGCUAUUGUUUGGAGACACUAACUGCAUGAUGUGAUAUGAAAUGAAUGAAAAAACAAAAUGACAUGUGAGUACAGAGGCCACAUACUCGCCCAGCAAUCAGAUCUCCCUGCAGUGUCAGUGAAAGACCAGCCCUCUCCUAGUCUUUCAAGGGCUCGAACUCUUUCCCCGAAGACAGUCUCGACUUCCUCAUCAGUCCACUGGUUUAGUGCGAGUUUACCCGACGAACAUCCAUGCCUGUUAACGGGAAUCACUUUCGUCUGCGGCGAUAUUGUCGUCUGCGACAACGAGAAUAAAACGUUAAAGAGAUUUGAUAUAAACGGAAAAUUCUUCGAGGAACUAUUUUUACACGACCCUUGUGGUAUUUGCGCGCUUCCCAAUUCUAAAGAUGUUGCUGUCACAGAACCAGAUAUUAAACAAAUUACAGUGUGUACGCUUGAUGUUGCCUUGGCGGUUUCGUUUGAAUUAAAAACGAAAAAGAAGUACGAAUGUAUUUCUUCUUUUCAUGAUAAAUAUGUAGUGGGAUGCUGUGAACUUGGUAGUUCAUGUGUAGACUUUAUUGAUUGCAAUGGUACAGUUUUACGUACAAUAGAAGGUAAUGUAGAUGGACAGUUGAUCUUCAGAAAUCCUUCCGCAAUAGCCUGUUUACUUUCCGGCGACUUACUCAUUUCGGAUCCCGGAAGCUGCGUAUUGGUUUGUGUUUCUCAGAACAACGAAAUGAAGUUCAGAAUUGAACCUGGAGGUCGCCCAAGCGGAGUUUGCUCUGAUUUACAUGGUGGAAUAUAUAUGGCACAAUACGAUUCGAACCUUGUGUUGCGUUUGUCGUUGGGAGGGGAAACGGAGGGUGUUGUUGUAGACGAAAAAUUCAAGUUGACGUCACCGCUUGCAAUGACAUUUGAUAAUAACCAUCUGGCAAUUACAGAAGAGACACCUAGCGACCGAAUACUUAUUCUCAAGUUAUCUUCCCCGCAUGACCAGGACAGUGAUCAAGGGGUGAGUCUGACAAAUUUACGUGUCGGUACAUGACGAUGGCAGCUUCUAUAGAUUUAUCAACAGCACAUCUUGAUCCGGUGAAGGGGUUUACUUCGGCUAAUUCUUGCCAGGAUUGCUCAGAUUUUCUGCUCCUAGAUUUGUACAGAAAAGAAACAAUUUACAUAUUGAUGUUUUUGUCCAUAAAUCAUAAACAUUGAAGAAUUUCAGACGUGUGAAAACCUUCUGAAGAAGAACGUUUUUGCAUUCUAUUUUCUGGUAGCAGAUCAUUUCUAAUUGGACAUACAUUCACACAUGACUAUUGUAAUUAGUUAAUGGGUUUAAUUGAAUGUUGUUUUUAAUACAAAAUAUUUCCAGAUUGCCAAAAUAAAAUUAUUUUUGCAAAUUGCUUGUAACUUUCUCUGAAAAAAUAUCACUGUAGGCUUCAGAUUUCAUUUUCAUUAUUUAGAAAUUUCAUGUUUAAAAGGUAUAAGAUUCAUGUCAUUAUUUCAUAAUUUCGCAAUGUUAAUAAAUGGCAAUUGAUUUUUUUAAAAUCUACCUUAAUAGAUCUAGUUGUUUUGUUUUAUGCUAUGUACAUUGUAGUUGAUUUUCAAAGAGAUUAAAUGUUACUUUUU